UAUGCGCGUCACAGAAAGUGGCUCCCACUCCCACCUUGGAAACGCUGGAAACGUCGCGCCAGCACUUUCACCCGCUUUUCAUUCAGCUGCGUAUUAGUUCUAUUUCUGAAUGUUUAUGCCUUUAUUGAUAACUAUUUAUAAUAGAACUUAAUGUUGAAACACCGCGACAACCGUUUCCGUGUCAACGUGACAUUGAUUGAAAUACUACAGUAUAAAAUUACAUCAACAGAAGGAAAGAAAGGCGUGGUGUACCUCUUUUCAAGGCACAUGGUAGGAGUUUGCAGCAGGAAGCAGGAAGACGUCGGUUGAGGAGGAGUGAGCCGUGUGUGCGUGUGCGUGUGCGUGUGUGUGUGUGUGAGCGUGCGUGCCAGUGCGUGCGUCGGGGGGGGCACGUCUGGCGAUGCGACGGCAGCUCUGUCCGGCCCAUGGUUUAUCGCGGGAAUGGAGUCGGAGAAGACCAGGCGUUUCUGACACGGAGCGAUCGCAAACCCGCCCUCUUCUCCGCCAUGCCGGGGUCCUCUGCCUGCUGCUGCUCGCCCUCUGCCUGCCCGUCAACAGCCACGCCACCGUCUUCAAGGUGGGCGUGGUGGGACCCUGGUCAUGUGACCCUCUCUUCGGCAAGGCCAUGCCCGACAUGGCGGCGCGUUUGGCGGUGAACAGGAUCAACCGGGACGCCUCUCUGUCGCUGGGCUCCACCUUUGACUACGUGCUUUUGGAGGAGGACUGCCAGACCUCCGGGGCCCUGCAGGGGUUCCUGGGGUACAACACCCGUGCCUCCGCCUUUGUGGGACCCGCCAACCCAGGCUACUGCGACUCCGCCGCCCUGCUGGCCAGGAGCUGGAAUAAAGCGCUGUUCUCCUGGGCCUGCGUUGGCCACGAGCUGGACGACGUACACAGAUACCCCAACUUCGCCCGCACCUUGCCCACGCCCACCUGGGUGCUGCUCACCUUGCUGCACCACUUCCGCUGGGCACAUGUGGGCGUGGUGUCCUCUGCAGAGGACGCCUGGGUGGAGACGGCCAGCGCGGUGGCCAGCACCCUGCGCAGCCAUGGCCUCCCCGUGGACCUGGUGACCUCCACGAGCUCCGACCCCGCCAGCCUGCGCCACGCCCUGGCCAAGAUCAGAAGGAUGGAGCACCUGCGAAUGGUGAUCCUCUGCAUGCACUCCGUGCUGAUUGGAGGGGAGACGCAGAGGCGGUUCCUGGAGACUGCCUACGACAUGCGUCUGACGGACGGCUCUGUGGUGUUUGUGCCGUACGACACGCUCCUGUACAGUUUGCCGUACCGCGAUGUGCACUAUCCCGCCCUGCGGAACAACAGCAAGCUCCGCCGCGCCUACGACGCCGUGCUCACAGUAACGCUGGAGUCACCCGGCCCCUCCUUCUACCAGGCCUACCAGGACGCAGUGGAACACGGCGAGCUGCCAAAAAACCUCAAACCCCAUCAGGUGUCUCCUCUGUUCGGUACCCUGUACAGUUCUGUGCUGAUGGUUCCUCUGUUGCAGGUGUCUCCUCUGUUCGGUACCCUGUACAGUUCUGUGCUGAUGGUUCCUCUGUUGCAGGUGUCUCCUCUGUUCGGCACCCUGUACAGCUCUGUUCUGAUGGUUCCUCUGUUGCAGGUGUCUCCUCUGUUCGGUACCCUGUACAGUUCUGUGCUGAUGGUGGCCCACGCCCUGCGGGGUGUGCGGGACUCGGGGGAGUGGCUGUCGGGGGCAAGCUUGGCCCGGCACACCCGCAGCCUCGCCUUUGCCGGCUUCUCCCAGCGCGUCCGCACCAACAGCUCCGGCGCCUGCCUGCUGGACUACGCCGUGCUGGACACGGACGGGCAGUCCUGCGCGCUGCACCCCACGCACCGCGUCGCCACGGAGACCGGCGCGGUGCGCUUCCUGGGCCACCACAUCCACUUCCCCCACGGCUCCGCCCCCAAAGCCGACUCCAGCUGCUGGUUCACCCGCGGCAAGCUCUGCACCGGAGGGGUGGAUCCAUUCUUUGCCCUGAGCAUUUUCCUGUCUGUCUUUCUGCUGAUUUUGAUCCUGAUGGGGACCUCAUUCUUCAUAAGGCGACGCAUCAGCAAGAUCAGGAUGGUCCGUGGACCAAACAAGAUCCUUCUGACCCUGGCCGAUGUCACAUUCAUCAACCCAUCACUAAGCAGCAAGAAGCUGAGCAUAAGCGAAAGCAAAAGCAGCGAUAUGGGGCGGAGUCCAUCUGAUGCAGACCACAGCCUUAAAUCCCCGUACUCCUCCUCCAGCCUGGCCCCUGCCACAUACGAGAACUCCAACGUGGUCAUCUAUGAGGGAGAUUGGGCAUGGCUGAAAAAGCUCCCGUCUGGAAAUUUUGGAGCCAUCAACCCGAAAACCAGCGACAUUUUUGAAAUGCUGAAGGACAUGCGGCACGAGAACGUUAAUCCCUUCCUGGGGUUCUUCCAUGACUGUGACAUGCUGGCCAUUGUGACAGAGUUCUGCUCCCGAGGUAGCCUGCGGGACCUGCUGCACAACGAGGACGUCAAACUGGACUGGAUGUUCAAGUCCUCGCUGCUGCUGGACCUCAUCAAGGGCAUGAAGUACCUGCACCACAGGGAUCUGUGCCACGGCCGGCUAAAGUCACGAAACUGUGUGGUGGAUGGACGAUUUGUGCUCAAGAUCAGUGACUAUGGCUACAAGGAGGUUCUGGAGGCUCAGAAGUUUCCUUAUGUUCACCCACCCCCUGAGGAGCUGCUGUGGACGGCCCCUGAGCUACUGAGGGCCCCGAAACCAGGCCUUAAUGGCUCCCUGCCGGGUGACGUGUACAGCUUCUCCAUCAUCAUGCAGGAGGUGGUGAUCCGAGGCCCGCCGUUCUGCAUGCUGGGCCUGCCAGCCGAAGAGAUCAUUCAGAAGCUGCAGAAGCCGCCUCCCCUGUGCCGGCCAGUGGUGUCUCCAGACCACGCCCCCCUGGAGUGCAUUCAGCUGAUGAAGCAGUGCUGGAACGAGCAACCCGAAAAACGACCGGCUUUCGACGAGAUCUUUGACCAGUUUAAAAACGUCAAUAAGGGGAAGAAGACGAACAUCAUCGACUCCAUGCUGCGCAUGUUGGAGCAGUACUCCAGCAACCUGGAGGAGCUGAUCCGGGAGAGGACCGAGGAGCUGGAGAUCGAGAAACAGAAGACUGAGAAACUGCUCACGCAGAUGCUCCCCCCGUCUGUUGCAGAGGCGCUGAAAAUGGGGUGCACUGUGGAGCCAGAACACUUUGAAGGUGUGACGCUGUACUUCAGUGACAUUGUGGGGUUCACCACCAUCUCUGCAAACAGCGAGCCCAUCGAAGUGGUCGACCUCCUUAACGACCUCUACACUUUAUUUGAUGCCAUCAUCGGAAACCAUGACGUCUACAAGGUGGAGACCAUUGGCGAUGCGUACAUGGUAGCGUCGGGACUUCCUGUUCCAAACGGGGAUCGGCAUGCGGCUGAGAUCGCCAACAUGUCCCUGGACAUCCUCAGCGCCGUCGGCACCUUCGAGAUGCGGCACAUGCCCGACGUGCCAGUGCGCAUCCGUAUCGGCCUGCACACGGGCCCAUGUGUGGCUGGAGUGGUGGGUCUCACCAUGCCCAGGUACUGCCUGUUUGGAGACACAGUGAACACUGCCUCUCGAAUGGAGUCCACGGGGAUGCCUUACCGCAUCCAUGUGAGUGACAGCACUGUGAAGGUUCUGCUGGAACUGAAGGAGGGCUACAAGGUGCAGCGAAGAGGAAGGACAGAACUUGAGGGCAAAGGAAUGGAGGAGACUUACUGGCUCACUGGUAAGGAAGGCUUCACCAAACCACUGCCCAUCCCACCAGAGCUCAAGCCAGGGCAGAAAGCUCAUGGGCUCCAGAUGGAGGAAAUAGCUCAGUACAAGCGGCGAAAAGCAGAGCAACAGCUUGCCGGCAGGAAGAACUGAGACCAGGGAAGUUGGGAGCCUGCUGAAGCUGCUUCUGCAGUGGGGCUUUAAAGAAGAUCUGCUACGUGCAGCUAGUCUCACAGCUGAGCACGGCGGGCCACAGCGAAGGACACGGCCAGACAGACAGCAGUGUGCCCACAGACGUGGCACCACACACCCACCUGCACCAAGCCAACUGUGGCAGCAGUGAACUCACCUGGAGAGGCCUCCCUCUUUGAGCCCAGAGGGGAUUUUUUGUUCUUUUUGUUUUUUUUCAUUCUUUAUGAGGAAGCAGGGACCAGUUUUAUAGAGAGACUCUACUCGACUACUGUGAGAGACAGAGAAAUAGAGACAGAGAGAUGAGAGAGAGAAGAAAGAUGACAGGAGAGAGAGAGAGAAUAGAGAGAAAGAGCAAGAGAGAGAGAGAGAGAGAGAGGGACAGAGAGAAGGACAACUGCAGCCCUGUGUCAGAAUGGAAUAUUUGUGAAAGAACUAAAGUUCAAAUCAAGAGCUCCGCUGGCUGCCAGGUUAGGGCGGGGUCGGAGGGUGAAAAGGAAGCUGCAGAUACAGUCUACUGGCCGUGGAGAGAUCAGUGGCCUUGUCUCAUUGUGCAGCACCCCGUGACACGUGUUCCCCUCUGGAGUUAUAAAUAUCCAGCAGAAUUCAUGGCUGAGCUGGAAGAGGAUCGGAUCUCUGGCCCUCACACCCCCGUUCUGUGCUUCUGCUCCAGUGAGAGGAAACCUUGCAGGGUCUGUAGCAGGUGCAGUGGGCUGCACGCUCAACCCCUUGCUCUGCGCUUUAGGUCAUGUGAUCCUUUGCUGCAGUAUUUUUCUGUGUGAUUUUGUUUGUUUUGCGCUCUUCUUGUCGCCCCUGCUACAAAAUAGCCUGUCUGUCUGGCUUGGUGGGGGGACACUUCCCUGAGGAAGAUUUUUACGGUCACUGCCUCUCUUACACAGAAAUGAGGCUAUAGGACUGCCCCAUAACUACUGUUGAAAUUGUGGAUACUCUAAAUACCCCUGAAAUACAUAUGAAAUAGUGGAGACCUUAAAUACCCAUAACUACAGACAAAAUAGUACAGAUGCUGAAUACCCCACAACUACAGACAAAACAGUACAGAUGCUAAAUACCCCAUAACUAUAGAUUAAAUAUUACAGAUGCCAAAUAGCCCAUAACUAUAGAUGAAGGUUUACAGACGCUAAAUAACCGUUAUGUAGAGACUAAAUAAAAACCCAGUAUCUGCAGACUCUAAAUAAGCCAAAACUACAGGUUAUAUAUUACAGAUGAUAAAUACCCUGUAACUCAAUUAAAUAUUACAGACAGUAAAUACCCCUUAACUACAGACUAAAUACCCAUUAGUGUCAGACACUAACUACCCCUUAACUACAGACUGAAUACCCCAUAACUACAGUCACUAAAUAUCCCAUUGCUCCAGACUAUCAUCCCAACAUCCUAUAAUGGUAGAAGAACUAAGGGUUGGGUUAUAUGGUGCCAUGUUACCUGGAAACAGUAUAUAUUCCUUUCAGUUUUGUUUGGAACAGACACUGUAAUUAGUAGCAGCUGCAUAAUGGGAUUUGUAGAUUAUUUUACCAUUCAGCAACAAAGUGAAUGGUCUCCAACCUACAUGCUCACCUGGACCAACCUGUAAAUUCUCUUUAAUGUUCAUCUGUGUGCUCACCUGUAAAUGCACAUGUACUGUAUGUUUACUUGUUUACUUACAUGUAUGUUCACCUGUGUUCAACUGUAAACUCUCAUGUACAAUCACCUGUGCAUAUGUAGUUUUAUGAAUUCUCAGCAUUUUAAGCAACAUACGUUCAAAAAUGUAUUAAUUGAUGUAUGUAACUAUGGAAUUUGCACUGUAUGCAUUUAAUUUACUUCAAUUACUGUAUGGAUUCUAUAUGUCUCAUGUUUUUUGUUUGUUUUUGCAAGACCUGUCAAUAUUGUAACAAACAUAUUUUGUUUAAAAUUUGUAUUGUUUGUAGAUAUCUCUCAAGUAGAUAAUUUUGCUGGCACAUCAUUUGUUGUCUUGUGAAUUGUAGUCUAUAUACGUGGCAUUGUUAUUGUCAUAUACUUAUUAUAUGGCUUCAGAUCAGCUGUAAAAUAAAUAUUCUGGGAUUUGAUAAAUCAUAUAUAGUUAAAAAUUCAUAUAAUCACCUAAUCUGGAUUCUUCAAAUAAUUUAUACUCUGACAUUUUUUACUAAAAGCAAAAGCAUCAGUUUCGAGAAAGUAUGUAUUCAUGAGUAUGGAAGCUAUUGAUUCAGAGAUAGAAUGUAAUAAAUGGUGAAAAUACCUGAUCAUAUGCAUUUUACAUUAUUCUGCAUACAGUGCAUCUCAGUAAUGAUUUCAGCUAUGGGCUGCAGGGCAGGUGAGUCUUUUGUAUUAUGCAACAUCUGGAACAAGUACAAAAACGGAAAGAAAGAAAAAGGAAUGGAAUACUAAAAUAUCAUUUGACAGCAUGCCAGAAAGUGCUCUUAUUGAUAUUUGAGAAUGCAGUUCAGAAUUGAUUACCAUACUUCAGCCAAUCAUCAAUAUGUUUGUUUCAUAAAACUGUUUCAUGUGGUAUCCAUUUGCUGAGGGCUAUUAUUUGAAGCAGGAGAAAUAAAAACUGAAGUGAUUGUGGUGGUUA